AUGGCAAAAGAUCUCCCUGGAGGGCAUUUCACCCGAAGAAGGGACGUUAGCUCACACUCUCUACUAGAAAAUACUUGCAACAACAAACGUCUGGACCUUGUCUUCAUCAUUGACAGCUCUCGCAGUGUACGUCCCUAUGACUUUGAAAAAGUGAAGGAGUUCAUUUUAACCAUCUUGCAGUUUCUGGACAUCAGUCCCGAUGCCACCCGAGUAGGUCUGAUUCAGUAUGGCAGCACAGUCAAACACGAGUUUUCGCUGAAGACAUUCAGGAGGAAGCAGGAUAUUGAAAGAGCAGUGAAGAGGAUGAUGCACCUGGCAACCGGCACCAUGACUGGGCUGGCUAUUCAGUAUGCAGUCAACAUUGCAUUUUCAGAGUCAGAAGGAGCUCGACCUCUGAAGCAGAAUGUGCCCCGAAUUAUCAUGAUAGUGACAGAUGGGAGACCUCAGGAUCCAGUGGCAGAGAUGGCUGCUAAAGCUCGUAACUCGGGUAUCUUGAUUUUUGCCAUUGGAGUGGGAAGAGUAGAUAUGAACACGCUGAAGUCCAUUGGGAGUGAGCCGCAUGAAGAGCAUGUGUUUCUGGUUGCUAAUUUCAGUCAGAUUGAAACACUGACAUCUGCCUUCCAGACUAAACUUUGUGUGCCCCAUAUGUGUAGUAUUGUUGAGCAUCGCUGUGAUCACUUCUGCAUAAACACCCCUGGCUCCUAUGUAUGCAGAUGCAAACAAGGAUACAUUCUGAAUGCUGACCAGAAGACUUGCAGCACUCAGGACCUUUGUGCUGUGGAGAAACAUGCCUGUGAGCAGAUUUGUGUGAACACACCUGGGUCUUACGUCUGUCAGUGUUAUGAAGGGUAUGAGCUUGAUGCAAAUGGGAAGAAUUGUGUUGUUGUAGACUACUGUGCUUUGGAUAACCAAGGUUGCCAACAUGAAUGUGUUAACACUGAGGACUCCUAUUACUGUAGAUGCCGCCCAGGGUUCAUUUUAAAUCCAGACAAAAGAACUUGCAGAAGACCAGACUAUUGUGCUAUUCAGGACCACGGCUGUGAACAGGAAUGUGUUAAUACAGAUGAUUCCUAUUUUUGUCAGUGCCAAGAAGGGUUUAGACUUAAUCCAGAUAAGAAAACAUGCACAAGAGUAAACUUCUGUGCUUGAGGUUAGCAUGAGUGUAUUAACAUGGAAGAGUCAUUUAUGUGCAGAUGUCAUCCUGGAUACACCCAGUGCCACGAUGGCAAUACGUGCAGAAACACGUGAGUGGACCACUGCGCUGAGAGCAAUCAUGGCUGCGAGCAACUGUGCCUAAAUACCGAGGCCUCCUAUGUCUGUCAGUGCUCUGAAGGGUUUGUCAUCAAUGAGGACCUAAAAACCUGCACACGAGUUGACUAUUGUGCUCUGAGUGAUCAUGGCUGUGAACAUUUGUGUGUAAAUGGCGACAGAUCUUAUACUUGUCAGUGUUUCGAAGGAUACAGGCUUCGUAAUGAUGGGAAAACAUGUAAAC